UUGUGCGCAUGCGGAAUUUUUUACACAACAAAAAUGGCGGCGCCCUGUAGAUAUGCGACGAGGUCGGCAGCAAAAGGUUUUUAUCAAGUCUUGGUACAGCAAUGGACACAGGCCACUGUGCGUCCACCCCUCUCGUGUCUAUAUUGUCCCCAAGCUGUCUGUCAAAGAAGAUGUCUUCACUGGAGUCACACUCCGGCUCUGAUCAACACGAAUGUGGAACAACAGAGGGCAGGAGUCUCACAGAAAGCAACGGGGCAGAACGAAAACAAUACAGAAUCUAAAACAAAACCAGAAGAGGGUGAUGAAGAGGACGACGGACCAGAAUACAUCCCACAGAGAAAGGCCAAAAACCCCAUGAUUAAAAUCGGUUAUGCUUGGAUGAUUGGGUUGCCCACAGGAAUCAUUGGCUUCAUCCUUGCCAAAAGAGAAGUAGACAAGAACCGACAAAAGCAGCUACGGAUCCGGCAAAGAAUGAAGAAAGCCAACGAAGGAGAAUAUGAUAGUGACAGAUACAGGAUCAUUUCAAAAAUGGACUGAAGAACCCCAUCUAAUGGAAUUGCCUAAUGUGUACCAAAGUGGGGACCACUUUGAAAUUGCCCACCAUGGAACUGAUUUAAUCUUAAAAAAGAAAACAAAAACACACGCACACACAACAGAAAUCACAGAAAUACUGCAGGAUUUCAAAUGAAUCACAAAUGUAUUGCACUUUUCCUUUGAGUGUAUGGUCUCUCAGAUUAUGUGUAUAUGGCUGUGAUAAAUAUAUGUUUAUGUAUAUAAUGAAAUUAACUAUUUGAGGUGUGUGUGAAUAAACUACUAUUCAUUGUCCAAAAUAGUCAAUUAU